AUGAGCAGAAUCGCGUCCUCACUCAACGUCGGCUUCGUCGCCGGCGUCCUCUUUGUGCUCCUCGUCUAUUUCCUCGUCCAGCAGCAGGAGGCGAUCAGCAGCCUCAGCGUUGCCACUACGGCGGCAGUAUCACAAUGGAUGACGGAUAAACAGCUGAUCAAGGCCCCUGGUGAAAUACAACAGAUUAAAGCUCCUGGUGAAAUACUUGUCGCUUCUGAUGUGCAUCGGAUCGCGGACAAACAGCCGAUUCAAGAUCCAGAUGUCGCUUCUGACGUGCAGCCGAUCUCGGACAAAGAGCCGAUUCAUGAUUCAGAGAAAGGCGAGGUGGUGUGUACCACGGAGAGCGAGACCCUCGGUCACUCUGAAACUUGCGAAGUCGACGGCGACGUCCGCACCAACGGCACUGCCUUGUCGGUGACCCUCGUCCCGGCGAGCUGGAAGGAGCGCCGCGAGUGGAUGAUCUCACCAUACUCGAAAGCGGAGAUCAUCGUCAAGAACGUCACCGUGACGCAGCUGCAGGACCGGGCCACCGCCCCGCCGUGCACGGUGACCCACAGCAUGCCGGCCGUCCUGUUCGCAAUCGCCGGGCACGCGGGCAACUACUGGCAUGACUACACCGACAUUCUGGUGCCACUCUUCGUCGCGUCGCGGCGGUACCGCGGCGAGGUCACGUUCCUGAUCAGCAACAUCCAGUAUAGGCCGGAGUGGCUGGUCAAGUACAAGACCUUGUUGUGGGGGCUGUCCAAGCACGCGUGGGUGGACAUGGAGGGCGACACGGAGGUGCGGUGCUUCCCGCACGUCACGGUGGGGCUCCGCGUCGACAAGGAGCUGACGAUCGUCCCCGAGGUGGUGCCGGGGGGCCCCCUCUCCAUGGCGGACUUCACCCGAUUCCUGCGCGAGACCUACGGUCUCCCACGCGGCGCGGCGGUCAGCCUGACCCGUGAGCCGGACAAGAAGCCGCGGCUGCUGCUGAUCCACCGGGGGCACUACCGCCUGUUCCUGAACGAGCCGGAGAUAGCGCAAGCGGCGGAGGCGGCGGGGUUCGAGACGGUGAUGAUGGAGCUGCGGGCCAACGCGUCCGAGGCGGAGCAGGCGCGGGUGGUGAACUCGUUCGACGUGCUGCUGGGCAUGCACGGAGCCGGGCUGACGAACGCGUUGCACCUGCCGCCGGGCGGCGUGGUGAUCCAGGUGGUGCCGUACGGGAACAUAGAGGUCCUGGCGAGGGCGGAGUUCAGCGAGCCCGUGACGGACAUGGGGCUCAAGUACCUGGAUUACAGCGUGAGCGUGGAGGAGAGCUCGCUGCUGGAGACGUUGGGGCCGGAGCACCCGGCGAUCAAGGACCCCGAAUCCAUCCACCGCAGCGGCUGGACCAACAUGUUUGAGUUCUACCUCGCUAAGCAGAACGUCCGCAUCAACACCACCCGCUUCGCGCCAACCCUGGCGCAAGCGUUCGACCACCUACGCCAACAGUAG